AGAUUACGUGUAAACCACCUAAAAAAAUAGAAAAUGGAAAAUACACCAAAAGUGACAAGGAUUCAUUUGAGUAUAAGGAAGAAGUUACUUAUACUUGUGAUACUACGAAUAAUACAGAUGAAUUUACACUGAUUGGGGAGCCCAAGCUUGUUUGUACUGGGCAUAACAAAUGGAGUAGUGACCCUCCUGAGUGUAAAGUGGUCAAAUGUGAAUAUCCAGUAGUCCAGAAUGGGCAAAUUGUGUCAGGAAUCCAAAAAAAAUUUCUGUACAAAGCAGCGGUUACAUUUGAAUGCAACAAGGGAUUUUACCUUGAAGGCAGCAGCACUAUUGUCUGUGGAGCUAACAGUGCUUGGGAGCCUAAGAUGCCAAAAUGUAUUAAAGGGUCAACACCUCUCAGUACUAAAUCUACAAUUUCCAGUGUCUCAGGUUUGGUAACUUUCUGCUUUUGUUUUUCAAAAUUCUUUAAAUGCGUGGUGAUUUUUUAAAAGUCCUUUAAAUAUCUGGUCAUUUACACUCAUCCAUCCUUUUCAGUAAAGAAAGGAGGAAGAACAUAUUUACCGCCAUCCUAGUUAUUACACCUAGUGAUUCUAAAGCCAUUUGCCACAGUCUGCAGACAUUGGAACAAAUGUGGGCGUGUUAUGGAAGCCUCAAAAGUGUUUACUAAUACAUAAAAAGAUUGAAUGCCUUCCUCACUGGUUGACAGGAAGGUUAAAGUGGGAUGUAUUUAAAGCAGCACAAUGCCCGGCAUAUAGGAGCUCUUAAAGGAAGCUUAUUUUUGACUUACAGCAUCACUCCAAUUAGUGUUAGUGAAAAGGAAGGUCCAUGGCUUUUUUCUUAAUACGUAUGUUUUCUAUGUCAUCAACUUUGCUAUUUUGUUAUUUUUUUAAACGAUCUGUUGACGCCUUUACAGGGUAUCUUUGUGAUCCAGGUUGAUGCUUUAUUUCCUAGACUGCAGCCGGUUUUGUGCUUUUCGUGUGGUACCAUUUAAACUGGCAAAUUGCUGCUGUCUCUAGGACAAGACCCCCACCUCUCCCUGCCUCAUAUAAUCAUUCUUUUUCUCUUUACUGGGCAUUUUUACUUGGCAAUAGAGGUAAAUUUCAUAGCAACUGAAAGUCAGGAAAAGUCCUUAAUUAUUGAAAUGAAAUGGAGGACUUCUUGCACGGACUGCUGAUAACUGCUCGGCUUAAGAUUUGGGAGAUUAUUUUGAUAUGAUGGAAGAAAUUGUCUUUCUGAUUUUAGUGCUUUUAUCUCUGGCUUCUCUUUGUUUUCAGCAUAAACAGGAGACAAGAGCAAUACAGUAGUCACCACUUAUCAGCGGUUUCACUUUCCGAGGUCUCAGUGACCCACAACCAUGGCCUGAAAAUACUAGGUAGAAAUUUCAGGAACAAGUAAUUAAUAAGCUUUAGUCCCCUGCCAUUCUGACUAGCAGCUGAAAUGGCACCCUGUCCCGCCACUGUCCACAGGCUGAGACUCAUCCCUGGUGGGCGCGUUCCCCACACUUCUCCACGCGGGCACCGCAGCCGCUCACACCAGCCCCAGGAGAAGGGGUAGCGCAGCGCAAUCGGAUGUUCUGAGAGGGAGGGGCCACAUGCACAUUGCUUUUGUUACAGGAUAUCGUUAUAACUGUUCCAUUUUGUUAGUAGUUGUUCACCUCUUACCUUGCCUAUUUAGAAAUUAAAUUUAUUAUAGCUACAUAUGUACACUAACAACAUGGUAUAAAUAGAGUUCAGCACUCCCCAGGUUUCCAGGCGUUGGGGGGUCUUGGAAUGUAUCCCAUGUAGGCCAGAGGGGACUGCUAUAGUGCGAAGACCUUCAGCCUGGGCCCACCUCACACAAGGUACUAACUUGGCUCUACUUAUUCCAAUAACAUCGUUUCUGUGGGCGUGGUUUCCUGUUAAAGGUAAGAGUGUUGAACUCAAGCAAAUUUCAGUUACUGGCUUCUAAUGUCUAUAUUUCCUGUUGUCCUAAUAGUUUAAAGGAUUGUGGGGAAUUAUGUAUGUUGACAUAAUUAGAACACCUUUUUAUAAUUCUUCUAUCUGGAACCUGGUAGCUCCUUGAGUACCUUGGUUGAGUGCUAUGAGGUUUUGAGGGAAUGAGAUGGUUUUUGGUGGACUGAUACGUUAAGGUUGGGUGUGAAGUUUAUGCUCAUGAGCCCACCCACGUUUACUUACAUGGCCCUGGUGGGUAAGCGACUGUGGGAUACUAUGUUUUUUGAUAUGCUCUUUUAAAAGUGCUGACCAUGAGAAUUCAUCGAGGAUUUAUUAAAUACAUACUGUUCAGUGUUUCAGAGAAGAGAGGAUUGUGGAGAAAUGUUUAUAAAGAAGG